AUGGCUGAUGAAGACAAGGCAGAGUGCGAGCGGAUCUUCGGUAAGUUUGAUGCCAAUGGAGAUGGCAAAAUCUCUUCAGCCGAGCUUGGAGAAUCUUUGAAGACGCUUGGAUCUGUGUCAGCCGAAGAGGUCAAAACUAUGAUGGAUGAACUUGACACUGAUGGAGAUGGAUUCAUUUCUAAAGAAGAGUUUACCGAUUUUUAUAAUGCUAAUCGGGGACUAAUGAAAGAUUUUCCUGCAACACGAGGACUAAGUGAACUUCCUCAACAUGCAAAGCUCACCACAACUACCAUUUUCCGUUCGGGUUCGAUUGACGAUUUCGACGCACGAAAGAAAACCGACCUCAACGCCGACACCGAUGAGCUCCCGGAUGACAUUAAAGAGAUAUUCCCGCCACGACGACCGACAAGGUGCGGCAAAGCGAAUCGUGCUCAACAACAUGUUGAUGAAAGAGAAAGUAGGAUUCGAGAGCAAGCACAAACGAAAAAAAUGUAA